AUCAGUUCAGUUGUUUUGUUUGUAUACUUUUUUGAGUUUGUCUAAGUUAACCUAUAUGGAUAAAAAAACACUAUAACUAAACAUUAUAAAUCAAUCAGUCUUUCAUAACACUGUUAAAAAUUAAAAAGAGUUAUUUCAGAUAAUUUAUCAUUAUGUAUCAACAACAGCAGUCAUCGGACAGUCAAGAUCUAGCCUUGUUCAGGACGGUAUUGACUUAUUGCGUUUUCAUCUUGGCCUUGCCAAUAUGUGCAUUCUUUGCAUCUAAGUUCUUUUUGUUUGAUGGUAUUUUGGCCAUGACAACAAUCAACAGCAACGUAUACUCUGCUGUGACGGCAGUCGUAACACUUCACUUGGCCCUGGGCUGUUACAUCUACAGAGCCUACUCUUACGAUCAUACGCCCAAGGCUCCAGCCAAAGUGGACUAAGACACGCGGGGAAACUGUGUAUGGAACAGGGCAAAAGGACCUUAAGUUUCUCCUGUGGCUCCGAAUGCAACCUUGCAUUAUUUAGGACUAUUGUUUUUUAUUGAAGUCACGACAUUAAUUAAUUUAUUGUACAUGAUCACAGUAGUUUUCAGCAGUAUUAUUUCUUAUUUAUUAUCAUUUUGAUUCCUGUUUAAAUUACCAGGCAAAAUUAACGUGUAGUAGUACUUCUGCUAAGUUUCUCUGUAAAAAAUUAUUUUCUAGUUUUGGUGGGAGGAAAUCAGUAAUGUAGGUAAAUGUACCGGUAGCUUAAGGACAUAAAUGUAAUUUGUAAAAAAUUAAGUCUUUUUGUACAUACUUGUAACAAUUGUAAACAUUAACAAUGAAUUAAAAUUGUUUACCUAAAA